UACAAGCCCUAAUUACUUGGGCUAAACUGCGUAACAAUAACACAAGGUGAGGGACAAGCCACCAUUUCUCCUUCACUUCACCGCUGAUAUCAGAACACCGUCGCCGUUCACCCGUCGGACAGCCACUGUCACACCCCCGUCUUCUCUCUUGCAUGUUGGGUUGUACCUAUCACCGUGGCCCGGAAUAAUGAGUUGCUUUCACCGAAGUGAUCGCACGCAUAAACCAUAUCUGUAAUAAUAGCAGCUAAUGGGUCAAUCAGCUCAAUCUAACCCAAUCCGUAAGCGCUGAGUUGGAUCGGGCAUUCAAAAAUCCACAAAAACAUCGUCUUAUUGGGAUACCAUACUACAUUGACCUAAAACCCUUCCGAUUUGAGCUUCUCUCAGCUUUGUCGCUUGAAAUUAUUGCAGAGAUAGCUUUUUGGGUUACACAUGGAUGCCACACCAUACGCCAAAUCUCAAUGGGACUUUAGCUGUGACCUGGAAGUGAAUUUUGGAUCUGAAGAGAAUGCUUCUAUUGUCUAUGCUACCUUAAUGGUUGACAAGGAGUUGCAACCUGAUAAAGUAAAACGACUCAUGACGGUGUCUAAUGGAAAGCUAUUAGUGCACUUCGAGGCAAUAGAAGCCAGAUUUCUUCGUGCAUCAUUCAGCGCUUUUGUAGACGUCUUAACGCUAGCAACCAAAACAAUUGAAGAAUUUGGUCCAGGAAUGGAGUUGUGAGAUCCACUUCUCUCUUGGUUUUUGCAUUAUUUAAGUGUACUAUAACUUCAAAUGUUAAAAUGUACUAUUAUUUUCUGUAUGAUUAUUUAUGUAAGAAGACUUUUUUAUACAUGAUGGAGGAUUUAAGCUCUA